ACCAGAAACGGAAAACGAGCGCCUGAACGGAUAAAAGUGCUCCCGGAGGAGCCGCCCUUUCUUUCCUGAUCUCUCUCUCUCUCUCUCUGUGCGUAAAUGGCGGCAGUGGUAGAGCCCGCCUUCUUCAACAUCACACUCACUCAGUCGUCUUCUUCUCUUCCGUCCAAUCCACCCCUCUUUCUCCGAUUCCGCCGCCAUAAACCGCCCUCGAGGGCCUUAAUCGCCGGCACGUCCUGUUCUUGCUUGGCUGAUACCUCUCAUUCACAGGCUUCGUCGGCGGACCUCCAGCUCCCCCAGGGCACUGCUGCUUCUUCCUCCUCCGCGUCGUCUUCGAGUGACGAUAACUUCGUCCCCGACCGGACCCGGGACCGCCGCAAAGUUGUGAGAUUGGCCUGGGAGAAGUUGGUCCGGUGGUCCCGGUCGUGGCGGUCCAAGGCCAGGACCGACGUCCUUGAGCGCACCAAGAAGGUGGUGGUUCUUGGAGGUGGGUCCUUUGGUACUGCAAUGGCGUCCCACAUUGCGAACAAGAAAACCCAGCUGGAAGUUCAUAUGCUUAUUCGUGAUCCUUUGGUUUGUCAGUCCAUCAAUGAGAAUCACCGGAAUUGUAAGUACUUCCCAGAACACAAGCUACCGGAUAAUGUGAUCGCUUCAACUGAUCCAAAAUCAGCAUUAUCAGAUGCCGACUAUUGCCUUCAUGCUGUUCCAGUGCAGUUUAGUUCAGCUUUUAUCGAGGGUAUUGCGGAAUAUGUGGAUCCAUCACUACCUUUUAUAUCUCUUAGCAAAGGCUUGGAGCUCAAUACACUGAGGAUGAUGUCCCAGAUUAUUCCUCGGUCGCUGAGGAAUCCUCGACAACCUUUUGUUGCUCUGUCGGGGCCUUCUUUUGCUUUGGAGUUGAUGAACAAAUUACCAACAGCAAUGGUGGUGGCUUCAAAAGACAAGAAACUAGCAAAUGCCGCGCAGCAGCUCCUUGCUUCCAGUUACUUAAGAAUCAGCACAUCGAGUGAUGUUACAGGAGUGGAAAUUGCAGGUGCCCUUAAAAAUGUGCUUGCAAUAGCUGCGGGCAUCGUUGAAGGGAUGAAUCUUGGCAAUAAUUCCAUGGCCGCUCUCGUUGCUCAAGGCUGUUCCGAGAUUCGGUGGCUUGCAACUAAGAUGGGUGCGAAACCAACUACAAUCACAGGUCUGUCUGGAACGGGUGACAUCAUGCUGACAUGCUUCGUGAAUCUCUCGAGAAACAGAACGGUUGGUGUUCGACUCGGGUCGGGGGAGAAGCUCGAUGAUAUCCUAAGCUCCAUGAAUCAGGUAGCUGAAGGUGUAUCGACAGCUGGGGCAGUGAUUGCGUUGGCCCAGAAAUACAAUGUGAAGAUGCCCGUUCUGACUGCAGUCGCCCGAAUCGUCGACAAUGAGCUGACACCAAAGAAGGCCGUGUCAGAGCUUAUGAAUCUUCCUCAGGUCAUUCUCAAAUUACAGUCGUCCCAUCUCAUUAAACGAAGAAAGAUAAGUCGAUAUGACUAUUAUCGAUCUAGAAGGUCCUUUUACUGCAUGCCAUCCCCAACCUAACUGAGAACUGGCGCGUGAAACUUACAGGUUGAAGAAGUAUGAAGAAUGCAAUUCGAUCCAGAGUUUCACGUAAAUAUCAGGAAAAUCCGAUUCUUUUUUAGACUUACUUUGUCUGCAUAUCGAGAUCAAGAAGGAACUUUACUCCUUCGUAUCUGAAUCCUAAGACGGUGUAAAUUUUCCGUGAUAUGAUGAUUCUUUUGAGAAAAUUUUCUC